AUGCGAGGUAGAAAAGUUGCAAGAGAGCUUCUCUUCGACGCUGAAAUCGAGAAAACCGCAAAGGCGAACAGGAAAGCAGUACGGUUAGCACGGUUAGCUGAGCAAGAGCUAGUUGAAGCAUCAACAGGAAUAUCUUCAGACACAGGUUCUCAGUUUGAAGAAGAAGGCAAGAUGGCCGAUGACCCACUGCCACCACCGUCGCCUAGGCGUACUAUGGGAGAUUACUGUCGCAGAACUGAUACAGGGCAAAUUUCUAUGGGGUUCCAACCGGCGAAUCCUGUGACUUUCGACAUCAAGAAUACGGUUCUCACCGGGCUAAGGGAUAAUCAAUUUGAUGGAAGUGCAAUCAGAGAUCCAUGGGCUCAUCUAGAGCGUUUUUAUGAGACAUGUACCAUGUGUCGUCCUGACGGGUACACUGAUAGUCAGAUUAAACUCAGGCUGUUUGGGUUUACUUUGAUUGGAAGAGCAAAAGACUGGUUGCAAUGCAUUCCGAGAUGCACUAUUAACAAUUGGAAAGAGCUCGAAGAUAAAUUUUUGGAGCGUUUCUUUACUAAUGACAUGUUUCUGGCUAGAAGAGCUGACAUUACUGGGUUCGAACAAGGAGAAUCAGAGUCCUUGUUCGAAGCCUAUGAACGUUUCAAACUUUUAUUGAGGAAAUGUCCGAAUCACUCUUUGGACAAUAUGGAGCAAAUGCAGAUAUUCAUCAGAGGUCUGAGAAUGCAAUCAAGAAUUCUAAUAGAUGCUUCAGCUGGAGGCACAAUUAGACACAAAAACGAGGAUGAAGUCAGAGAACUAGUGGAGAAUAUGUGCAUGAAUGAAUACCGUUCCAAGAGCGAGAGGGAUCCUAAAAAGAGAGGAGUAUUCGAGGUUGACACAAACACAGCUUUACUAGCCCAGAUCGAGAUAUUAAACAAAAAGUUGGCUGCUAAGACUUUAGCGGAGGCGAAUGUUAGUCAGGUUCAAGAAGUCAGAUGUGAUUUUUGCCACGGGCCACAUGCUAAUGGAAUAUGUUCACUAGAAGCUGAAUCAGAAGAAGCUAAUUAUGCCGGAGGAUAUCAGAAAAAUAACCCUUAUUCCAACACGUACAACCCAGGUUGGAAAGACCACCCUAAUCUGCAAUGGGGUAAUCAAGGAAAUUCUUCUCAAGGUAACUCUCAAAAUCCACCUGCUAGAAAACCAUCUCCCUUGGAAGAAACAAUUAAUAAGUUCAUGCAGAUGACUCAGAGUAACUUCGAAGCCAUGAGAGCUAGUCAAGAAACAUCCAACAAAAAUCAUGAGGCUUCCAUCCGAAAUCUUGAAACACAAAUUGGGCAAAUAUCAAAACAGUUGACACUAAGAGAGAAAAUUAAAAAAAAAGUGGAAGUAGAAAAGAAAAGUGAGGGGGAGGGAGAAGUUGAAAAUGAGUGGUUGAUUGUAGAUGAGGUUGAAGUUGAAAAUGAGAGAGUUGAGGAAGAAAAAAGUGAGAAUGGGGUUAAGGGAACUAGUGAGGGAGAAGUUGAAAAGAAAGAAAAAUUGAUUGAUGAAGGUUCUAUUCUGAGAAAAACCAAGAAACAAAUUCUUGAAGACUGCGGUAAGGAGCAAGUCAUUCCCUCUUAUGUCAAAUUGCCAUACCCCCAUUUGAAGAAAAAGAAAGACAAGGAAGAGGGUCAAUUUAAAAAAUUCAUGGAGAUGUUUACAAAGUUACAGGUAAAUGUUCCUUUUGGUGAGGCAUUGGAACAAAUGCCAGUUUACGCAAAAUUCAUGAAAGAUCUCUUGUCUGGAAAAAGGAAGCUGAAGGAUGAUGAAAACAUUGCCUUGUCAAAAGAGUGUAGCGCUAUUCUCCAAAGAAAGCUACCACCGAAAUUGAAAGAUCCUGGUAGUUUUACUAUUCCAUGUUCCAUUGGUGAAUUGAAAAUUGGAAGGGCUUUAUGCGACUUGGGGGCAAGCAUCAACCUGAUGCCGUUGUCCAUGAUGAAGAAGUUAAAGUGUGGAGAACCGAAGCCAACAAGAAUGACUUUGACAUUGGCUGAUCGAUCCGUUACAUACCCUUAUGGGGUGCUAGAAGAUGUGUUAGUUAAGGUAAAUGACUUGCUCUUUCCAGCUGACUUUGUUAUACUUGAUAUGGAUGAGGACUCCGAGGUACCGUUGUUAUUGGGAAGACCUUUCUUGGCUACUGGUAGGGCACUUAUUGAUGUUGAGCUAGGAGAGUUGAUGUUGAGAUUUCAAGAUGAACAAGUUAUUUUCAAUGUGUUUGAAGCUAUGCGUCAUCAAAACGAAAAUCCUCAAUGUUAUCGGGUUGAUGUUAUUGAAAAUAUUGUUGAAGAAACCUCUCGAGUUGAGAAACCAGUUUUACCGAUGGAAAAUGUGAUCGUUAACUCAAUUACGUUAGUUGACAAAGGCCAAGAAAAGGAGAUUGAAGAGUGUGUGCGUCAGUUAGAAGCCUUGGAAGUUGAGAAAGUGCAAAAGAAAAUAGAGGAUCUUAAUGUUACAAGGUCGGGUGAUUCAAAAGAAGAGGCGUCAACACCAUCUGCACCUGAGCUGAAGGAGUUACCAACACACCUCAAAUAUGUCUUUUUAAGCGAAAAAUCUAUGCAUCCUGCUAUCAUCAGUAGUUCCUUGAAUGCUUUGGAAGAAGAAAAACUCCUAAGAGUGCUUAGAGAAAAUAAAAAAGCACUCGGGUGGAGCAUAUCUGACUUGAAGGGAAUCAGUCCAGCCUACUGCAUGCACAAGAUCAAGUUAGAAGAGGAAUUUAAACCUGUCGUCCAACCACAACGGCGACUGAAUCCGACCAUGAAAGAUGUUGUGAAGAAAGAGGUUACAAAGUUGCUUGAAGCAGGGAUGAUCUAUCCCAUAUCAGACAGUUCAUGGGUAAGUCUGGUACAUGUAGUCCCUAAAAAGGGAGGAAUGACAGUCAUCAGGAAUGAAAAGAACGAGUUGAUUCCAACUCGUACAGUUACUGGGUGGCGCAUGUGCAUAGACUACAGGAGGUUGAAUCAAGCAACAAGGAAGGAUCACUUUCCUUUACCUUAUAUGGAUCAAAUGUUAGAGAGGCUGGCUGGUCAAGCCUUUUAUUGCUUCUUAGACGGCUACUCUGGCUACAAUCAAAUAGCUGUAGACCCGGCAGAUCAAGAGAAAACAGCUUUCACAUGUCCAUACGGAGUAUUUGCAUACCGGAGAAUGCCUUUCGGCUUAUGCAAUGCUCCCGCUACUUUUCAAAGGUGCAUGUUUUCUAUCUUUUCUGAUAUGAUUGAAAAUUCCAUUGAGAUUUUUAUGGAUGACUUUUCUGUGUUUGGUAAAAGCUUUGAUAUUUGUCUUGCCCACUUAGAUGUUGUUUUGAAGAGAUGUGUCGACACUAAUUUAGUUUUAAAUUGGGAAAAGUGUCAUUUUAUGGUUACCGAAGGAAUAGUGUUAGGACACAAAAUCUCUUCAAAAGGCAUAGAAGUGGAUAGAGCAAAAAUUGCAGUUAUAGAAAAAUUACCACCUCCGAUUAAUGUGAAAGGAGUGAGGAGUUUUUUAGGCCACGCCGGUUUCUAUCGACGUUUCAUAAAGGACUUCUCAAAAAUUGCUAAACCUUUGUGCAAUCUCCUUGUGAAAGAGAAUGAUUUUAAAUUUGAUGAUGAAUGCUUGAAUUCUUUUUCCAUUAUUAAAAAUAAGUUGGUCACCGCGCCCAUAAUCACAACCCCUAAUUGGGAAUUACCUUUUGAACUUAUGUGUGAUGCCAGUGAUUACGCGGUUGGAGCAGUGCUUGGCCAACGACACGCAAAAUUUUUUCAUGCUAUAUAUUACGCGAGCAAAGUCCUUAAUGAAAACCAAGUGAAUUACUCCACAACUGAAAAGGAAUUGCUUGCUGUAAUAUUUGCUUUGGAAAAGUUUCGCUCUUAUUUAAUUGGUUCGAAGGUUAUUAUUUUUACAGAUCAUGCAGCAUUGAAGUUUCUACUCACAAAGGGGGAUUCUAAACCCCGGUUACUUAGAUGGAUAUUGUUGUUGCAAGAAUUUGAUAUUGAGAUCAAGGACAAGAAAGGGGUUGAGAAUGUGGUGGCUGACCAUCUCUCAAGGCUGGAAAACCCAGAAAUAACGAAGAAGGAGAAAAGUAUAGUAGCUGAGUUCCCAGAUGAGCAACUUUUAACAGUGACUGAAAGACCAUGGUUCGCAGACAUGGCAAAUUUUAAAGCAGGAAAUUUAGUCCCAGAUGAUUAUAGUUGGCAGCAGAGAAAGAAAUUUUUCAAUGAUGCUAAAUUUUAUCUUUGGGACGAUCCAUAUUUAUUUAAGGUAGGUCCUGACGGUUUGAUAAGACGAUGUGUUGCAGAUCCACAAACAUGUGGACAAGUUGAAGUAUCCAACAGGCAGUUGAAACAAAUCCUUGAGAAGACUGUUGCUAACUCAAGGAAAGAUUGGGCAAAGAAGCUAGAUGAUGCGCUUUGGGCGUAUAGGACUGCAUUCAAGACUCAUCUUGGGUUGUCACCAUAUCAGUUGGUGUAUGGAAAAGCAUGUCAUUUACCGGUGGAGCUAGAACACAAGGCCUAUUGGGCGGUAAAAUUUCUAAAUUUUGAUGAAAAAGCGGCAGGUAGGAAGAGGUUGCUGAAGUUGAACGAGUUGGAAGAGAUGAGGCUGCAAGCCUAUGAAAAUGCGGUCAUUUACAAGGAGAGGACCAAGAGGUAUCAUGAUAAAAAAUUGGUUAGAAAAGAGUUUUACCCGGGACAAAGUGUAUUGUUAUUUAAUUCGAAAUUGAAACUCUUUCCCGGUAAACUCAAAUCUAAAUGGUCAGGACCAUAUGUGAUCAAAGAAGUUUUUUCUCAUGGAGCGGUAGAAUUAGAAGAGCCAUUAUCGAAGAGGACAUUUAAAGUAAAUGGCCAAAGAAUUAAGCUCUACAAUGGAGGGGAGAUUCCUACUGAGAGGGUCUCAUUGACUUGCACAUACAAGAAUAAUUGCAGUGUGAUUGCUCAUGAAGUGCAAUGGUCAAGAGACAAAGAGAUGAAUUGGAAAGAUGGAGUUUUGCAUGGUGUACUAGUUCAAUCUUCAGAUACCUCAGCUGGUGAGCAUAUUGAGCCAAAUAAAUUCCACGGCAUGUCACUUGAGGACAAGUAA